GGUGGGGUGGAUAACCACAUGUAAUUGCUAAAAAAAUUUAAAAGUGAGAUUCUACCAUUUUGGUUUUGAGUACAUUUUGCUUAGAAACCACGGGAAAGAAACACAACAAAGUAUUUGUCCAGUAUAUAUAGAAAUAAUAAAAUUAUUUAAAACUCAUUUGAAAUCCUAACACUUUUUUCUUUUUAGAAGUUGAUGAGGGUUUCAGAAAUCCGGAUGGUGCUUCGCGUUCUGCAACUUUCCCCUGCCAUCUCUCUGCCUUUUUCCAGUUUCAAGGGUGCGUUUCAGAGCUUCUCGCAGGCCCCUGGACAGACACUUAUUAAUCAGAAUUUAAUGGCUUUGAGAAAUGAAACUUUUUUCCUGAUAUUCUCGGAUUCCAGGAGGUGGGGAGUGGUCCAGCCUAGGUGAGACGCAAUCGUGGGUGGCACUUUAGAACGCACGGGCAUCCACAGAGUUUACUGGCCUGGGGCUCUCCUGUUCCCUGGCCCGCACCUGCCGGGCUCAGGCCCCGCGGGGCCGCGUCGUGGCUUCUGUGACGCGGCGUUCCAGGCUGCCGGCCCCCGCGCUUCACUUUCCGCUCUCCCGGCUCAGCCCGCAGUCAGGGCAGCCAGGCGGCAGGGGGCGGAGGCGGCGACGGCGGCGGCGGCGGCAUGAGCUACUACCAGUUACCGGUGGUGAUAGACAACGGCUCAGGAAUGAUCAAGGCAGGCCUGGCUGGUUCCCGGGAGCCUCUGUUUGUCUACCCAAACAUCGCUGGCCGCACCAAAGGCCACACCUGUGCAGCCGAGCGCGCGCAAGAAGUAUUCGUGGGGGACCAAGCGCAGGAGCGGAGGAACUCGCUUUCCAUCAGAUACCCAGUGGAGCGUGGUCUCAUUACUUCCUGGGGGGACAUGGAGAUCAUGUGGAAACACAUCUAUGACUAUAACCUGAAGCUAAAGCCCAGUGAUGGCCCAGUUUUGAUUACAGAGUCAGCACUGAAUCCACUGGCCAACCGGCAACGUGUCACUGAAGUGUUUUUUGAGCAUCUGGAGGUUCCUGCCUUCUAUAUGUCCAUCCAGGGGGUGCUAGCUCUCUUUGCCGCUGGCUUCACUACUGGCUUUGUGCUGAAUUCAGGUGCUGGGGUCACCCAGUGUGUGCCCAUCUUUGAGGGUUACUGUCUCCCUCAUGGUGUCCAGCAGCUAGAUCUGGCAGGCCUUGACCUCACCAACUACCUCAUGAUGCUGUUGAAGGACCAUGGCAUCAUGCUGCUUAGUUCUUCUGACAGGAAGAUUGUCGCAGACAUUAAGGAAACCUCUUGUUAUGUGGCAAUAAACUUUGAGGAGGAAAAAGCCAAGAAAGCUGACUGUAUAGAGAAGGUUUACCAACUACCCGAUGGGAAGGUGCUCAGACUCCAUGACCAGCUCUUUCAUUGUCCAGAGGCCCUCUUCUCUCCAAGUCUCAUGCACCUGGAAACCCCUGGCAUUGAUAAGAUGUGCUUCAGCAGCAUAAUGAAAUGUGAUACAGAUCUGAGGAAUUCCUUUUUCUCCAAUAUUAUCCUUGCUGGGGGAUCGACCUCUUUCCCUGGUUUAGAUAAGAGGCUGGUUAAGGAUAUAGCAAAGGUGGUGCCUGCCAACACCCCUGUGCAGGUUAUAGCGCCCCCAGAAAGGAAAAUAUCAGUGUGGAUGGGAGGCUCUAUUCUUGCAUCCCUGUCUGCCUUCCAGGACAUGUGGAUCACUGCAGCAGAAUUUAAAGAAGUUGGACCCAACAUAGUACACCAAAGAUGCUUCUGAAUACAGAUGACAUGGUUAGAAGAAAAUGUUUUGAGUAUAUGUGACAGAAAUCUUUGGAUAUUAUAUGUUCCUGGGAGAACAGAAAAUAUUUCAAUUAUUGGAAUGUCCAGGUCUCUGUUGUAUUUUUGUAAUGGGGGGGCGGGGGGAAUAAUGGUGAAGCAGUCAAAUAACAUUUAUUGAGUAGAACCAAAUUAAA